CUGCUGUUUCACACACUGGUGGUGGAGUUGAGCCCCUCGCAAGAAUUCUCCUGGCUGUGUCCGCCAUCUGGAAUGUCGAGUCACUUCCUCUGUCUGCCCGGCGCCCUAACGGGGUUGUCCUCUACCUCUCUGGUCCCCUCCCUCUGCUCUGACAGCACUCUGAAGAACCGCUGGAGACCAAGCCAGCGCGGACGGGACGCUCCUGACGAGACGCGCACGCCAGCACACACACGUCCAGUAUGAAAGGGAGACCCCCGGUGUAGCCCACGUCCAACUCAGACACACUCUCAAUGGAAUCUGGGCUUGGACGAAGCAAAGACAACUGCAUUCAUCAGCUGAACUUUUUUGGAGGGUGUUCCUAUUCCCUUAUAUGGCAACAGAGCUGGGAAAUCAUUUGAAUUAGUCUCGUUUCUGUUGCAUGCCUGUCUGGUUUUAGUGCUGACUGAGUCCCAUCUGGUAUGUUUCUGUCUCUGCUGUGUGCGUGCGUGAGUGUGUGUGGGCGCCGUGUGUGCGGCGCAACUUGUUUGUUUUGCCUUUCUUGGUUCUGCUUUUCCUGUUGCAUGUUGCAUGUGGGCUUUUUGUUUUGAGACCAGAGGAGGGCUUGUGUUUGUGGUUAAGCUAGAGGCACCGUCAUCGCCUCAGGGGUGGCUGCUUCAUUCAGACUGUGCAGCACCUCUCGCUAUUUUUUCCCUCUGCCUCCCCUCCUCCCUCGCGCCCGCUGUGAUGGUCUGUGUUUGUUGGAGCAACACACCCACCUGGGUGCAGCAGCUUGCAACCAAGAGCUGAAACUGGGUCUCUACACACGGAUAUUAUCAGAAAGGUGGACUGGAGCUUCUGUUGAGGAGGGGACUGACCUCACAGUCAGCUGGAUGUUCCUUCUUUUAUUCCUCCAUUGCAACAGGAUGUGUGACCCUGAAGGAACCAACGGUGACCCAGGAAAUGCUAGCUGGUAUACACGAGAUGAUGGGUUGUCUGCUUGACACUUUGAUCAUGAAGAAAAGGAUGAUGGGAAAGUUCUAAACACUAAAGUAGAUCUCUCGACACACUCUGGCGCUGACAACUUGAAUGGCACUCUGCCAGCUCAAUGCCAGUCUGGCAGUACAUUUGUGUUACGUCAAGUUCAUCACCUCAUGUGGAUUAUUUUUCUGAACAUAUCUCGCAACAUUGAUUGCCAUGGCUACGGCAGCAUGGUAUCAUCGUGACAUCAGCCGUGUGCAUGCAGAGGACUUGCUGGCACGGGCAGGAAGGGAUGGCAGCUACCUAGUGAGAGACAGUGAGUCUGUGCCAGGAGCCUAUGCAUUGUGCCUGCUGUUCCAACGUCAUGUUCACACAUAUCGUAUCCUUCCCGACGCAGACGGCCUUCUCGCGGUUCAGACAACGCAGGGGGUCCAGGUAAACUGUUUUCGGACCCUGGAGGACCUGGUGUUGGGGUACCAGCAUCCCCACAAGGGCCUGGUCACUCCUCUGCUCUACGCUGUUCCCCGUGACACAGACACUGGGGAAGAGAGCUCAGAUGACGAGAAGCCGUCUCCGGUUCCAGCCUCUGUCAACGCGGUGCCUUCCACGGGACCCCCAGUAAAAGCAGCCCCUCACCUGUUCCUGGAUAAGUUGCGGGAGCUGAACACAUCCAGUACUGCAGGUGAUGUGAUUGGUCUACUCAAUGACUACCUCUUCAGUGAGCUGCCUCUUGACAUUGAGAAUGUGCACAAAGGGGCAACAACUCUAUGCCACCUCAAGCGUACUCUGGGUACUGCGUGCCAUGGCUUAAACAGUGAAAUUGACCUGACUCUCUCAAGUCUGGAAACCCUGGCCAAGGUCUUUGACCAUCCGAGCUGCUCUUUAACACACACCAAGAAACAGGGCCCCGAGAUGGAUAUAGACAUCCUAUUGUGUAAGAUCUCAGCUUUGGUCAGCCUCCUUUCUUCGUUGGAGAAGAAGGUAUUAAAAGCAUUACAAGAUGCGGUGACCAAUCACAAUCUGGCAGUGCAACCGAACCCACCUCCUCCUGAUCCAACGCCCACCAAUGUAACACCUGUCAAGAACCACGCCAGGCAGCUGCCAGUUCACUCCUUUCAGGUGAAGAUGGUGAGGUAUGGCAGACAGACUGUUUCUGUAGAUGUGGACACAGGAGUGCUGCUCUUUGACAGGAAGGCUGGUUCAUUUGGUAUCGAGCGGGUUUCACAUGACAGAAUCCUUCAGAUUGUCAAGUUCCAGAGCAGUCCGGCCAAGGUACGCAUGGUGGUCGACAGCCACCACAACACACCACGGGAAAUUACGUUUGAGAGUGCACGGAAACGUGAUGCCUUCUGCCAACUCCUCCAGAUGAUGAAAACUAGGCACUCUCAUCUGAGGGAACCAGACGUGAUCUCUGUGUUUGUCGGCACCUGGAACAUGGGUGGUUCCCCUCCUCCUCGUAGCCUGCAGUCGUGGGUGACCUGCUGCGGUUUGGGGCACACCCCUGAUGACUCGACCGCCUUUCUCCCUCAUGAUAUCUAUGCCUUGGGGACUCAGGAGAAUCCUCAGGGGGAGAAAGAAUGGACAGAACAUAUCAAAGCAACCCUUCGCAGCCAUACUCACAUUGACUUCAAACAAGUGGCAGUACAGUCUCUGUGGAAUAUGAGGCUGGCUGUGUUUGUGAAGCCGGUGCAUGAGAGUCGCAUCGGCCAUGUGAACACAGCCAGUGUGAAGACAGGCUUGGGAAACACAUUGGGAAACAAGGGCGCUGUCGGUGUCUCCUUCCUCCUCAAUGGAACAUCUUUUGGGUUUGUUAACUGCCACCUGACCUCUGGAAGUGAAAAGGUCCUGAGGAGGAACCAAAACUUUGUGGACAUCCUCAGACUGCUUUCUCUGGGCGACAAACAGCUCGGUGCCUUCGACAUCAGCCUGCGCUUCGCCCAUCUCUUCUGGUGCGGAGACCUCAACUACCGACUCGACUUGGAUGUUCAGGACAUCCUGAAACAUGUAUCUAAGAGAGAGUUUGAAGAGCUCAUGUGCGCGGACCAGCUGACCAGAGAGAGACAAAAGAGGAAGGCCUUUCUCAAUUUCAAGGAAGAGAAGAUUGCAUUUCCACCCACGUAUCGCUAUGAACGGGGCUCCAGAGACUGCUACCUGUGGCAGAAGUACAAGACUUCGGGAGUGCGAGUUAAUGUUCCAUCAUGGUGUGAUAGGAUUCUGUGGAAGUCCUACCCAGAGAUGCACAUCAUCUGCACUGCAUAUGGUUGCACAGAUGACAUCUUCACAAGCGAUCACUCACCUGUUUUUGCCACGUUCCAAGUGGGAGUGACAUCACGGUUAAAUUGCAAAACAGAUACACAUUCGAGCAUGGAGAAGGCCUGGAUAGAGCUUGAAGGCAUCGAGGCCAUUGUGAAGACGGCGAGCAAGGCAAAGUUCUUUAUUGAAUUUAAUUCGUCUUGCCUUGAAGAGACACGGCGCUCGAGUGAGAAUGACUCGCAGAGCUGUGACGUUCCCAGAUUUCUCAAACUGGGCUGGUCCUUCAAACAACUGCCGAAGCUUCUUCCAAUCAUGUCCGACAUGGAGUAUCUUCAGGAUCAGCACCUGCUGUUGUCUGUCAAGUCAUGUGACGGGUUUGAGUCCUACGGUGAAUGCUGUGUGGCCUUGCGCUCACUCACCGGUGCAUCGGAGCAGUUUGAGACAUUUUUGAGUCACAGAGGUGAGGAGAUGGGCUCCAUAAGAGGACGGGUCAGGGUCCAUGUGCCAAAGGACAGACGAGGGACUCGAGAGAAGACCUAUGAGUGGUUCCAUUUUGAGAAAGAUGAUAAAGGUCUCAGGAGGGGACAUAUAUCUCCUGCAUCCACACGGGUCUCAAUAAACAGGUCCUUGGCAGCUCCUCCCAAACUAACUCCGAGCAGCUACACCAAUCCAGCCUACUUCAUCUUUGAAGGAGUAUCAGUGGCACGCAGGGUGGAGGAGCCUCUCCCUCAGCGUCGGGACCCUCCGGUGAUCUGGUCUGGAAAUGAGGCCUUGCAGCUCCCCAAAAUCUCAGGACGUCAGGGCUUCGAUAGAAGACCCUGUCGCAGAUCAGACUUUACAGAGAUUGAAAUUCCAGCCGUCCUGCCCCAGUACACUCCAACCAACGACCUUCAUUCCCCACACACCAACUCCUCCUAUCAGCUCUUCCCGACCAAAACCCCAUCUCCCAUACCUCCAGCCUCAAGUAACGCCAUGUCACAGUACCAGGAACAGACUUCACAAACCAGAGACAAAUACCAAGGUAAAAAAAUUGUUCACAACUCCAUACUGCCCGAGAAGAACCUGAGGAACUUAUACAUGAAUCACUCAGCAAUCAUCAGGGAAAAAGCCAGAAGGGAUCAACAUCAUCUUCUCCCAGAAAGGACCAAACCUCUGUGGGCAGCCAAGGUGCCGUCAGCUUUCCCCUACAUCCCCACUCACUUACCACAUUCUCAGGCGCCUGUUCCCUGGAUGGUGGCCCAGCAGCCCCCUGGACCUACAGGAGACAACUCCCUCACUGCUUUGCAAAUGGCCAAGUCCCUCAGUGAAGUUGACUUCUUCCCGACAGUGCAGAGAGUCCCACACAUACACAACCAUAUGCCAAGUUAUAGAAAUGGCCCCUACAUGCAUGGAGAUCGAGGCUACAGCUGGGACAAAGAGGUGUCUGUACUCCAAGGUGCUCCAGAGACUGUGCGGGAGCUUCUCAGUACUCUUGGUCUUCAGAAAUACACCCUGGGACUCAGCCUCAAUGGCUGGGAUGAUCUGGAUUACUUCAGUGGCAUCACUGAGGAGGAUCUGCGUGCCGCAGGAGUGACGAACCCUUCGCACCGACGCAGGAUCCUCGAGAACCUGCCCAGGAACUGGAACUGACACACAGGGAUGAAAGACGUCGCUGGUACGAAGCCUCGUAGUCCGCUCAGUUAGAACUGGAAAAACUGUGACCUGAAAGACCUGAAAGGUGGACAGACUGAUGGGAUAUCAAUCUCAUCCACUGGACUUUCCUACAGCCCUGCCGUCUUUUCAUCUACUCAAUCAAUACUGUAACAAAAGUCUGUCUGUGUUAACACAGCUAAGGGAGACACAGCGCAGGAAGUACUCGUGGCACAGUCUGCUUUAUUUAUCCAUCCAUCUUGACAGAUAAUGAAAGCGGUGGGUGAUAUGAAUGGAAAACCUUGAUUUGUAUCUGCAGUUACUGACAAAUAUACAAAUAUUGAUUAUGGUUUCAAGGUCUCAUUGAUUAAGUUUAAAUGACUAUAAACAUAUAGUCCUUCAAUUUCCAGUGUUCACUUAAGGUUAGUGUUUACUGUUCCCCUUCAUCCCGUCUACGUUGUGCUUUCCAUUACUCUGCUAGUAUUGAGCCUGGAUCUGAGCUUGUAAAAGCCCACUAUUAAACCUAUGGAGCAUAAAAUCCAUAGCUGUACAUAUCUACCGGAACAGCAUCUGUACAGUUGGUAUAGAAGGACCUGCCAUAUCUCAUUUUGUUUACUGUCUCAUAAUGUUGCUAUCAUGUCACUUAAUCAGUACCAAUGUCCACUGUGCAUGUUUUAUGCAACCUUUUGUAAAGUGCAUAAAGAACGUCUUUACUGUCA